GCAGUAGGCCCCCCGCGCUCAAACUCUCCCUCCCAACCGCGCCUCAUCCAAUGCUGCCCGGUCCCUGAGUUUUCCCUCAACUUCGCGAGAGGGAGGAGGAGGGAGAGGCAACCGGAGUCCUUUCGCCCGAAGCGCUCGCUGCUGCUUCUUCCCCUCAUGGCGGAGUCCGGGGCCGAGCCGGUUCUCGGCCCAGAGGACGGGGAGGAGGAGGAAGAGGCUGACGACGAGGAGCUGCUCCAGCUGGAGACGGAGGCGGUGCCCGGCAGCAGGGCCGCCAGGGGGGUUCCGGGCGGCGCCGUCAGGGUCAGCCUCGGGGGCGGCGCGGCGGCGGCUGGGCCGCAGCUGGGCUACGAUGGAAGAGCCGGCGACGAGGAGGGCGACUACGGCAGCAGCGACGGCGACGACGAAGAAGAGGAGCCUCUACUCGGCUUGGCGGCCUCGGGCCGGAGUGGCGGCCGCCAACGCCGCCGCAGCGCCACAGCACAUACAGGAAAUGUUGGAAGUAUUGCAGAAAUGAACUUCUUCUUGGAUGAUCCAGAAUUUGCUGAAAUCAUGCAGCAAGCAGAACAAGCCAUAGAAAGUGGAGUCUUUCCAGAAAGAAUCUCACAGGGAUCCAGUGGGAGCUACUUCGUCAAAGAUCCUAAGAGAAAAUCUAUUGGAGUAUUUAAGCCAAAAUCUGAAGAGCCUUAUGGUCACCUAAAUCCAAAAUGGACCAAGUACUUUCACAAAAUGUGUUGCCCUUGCUGUUUUGGCAGAGGCUGUCUUGUUCCUAAUCAGGGAUACCUCUCUGAAACUGGUGCCUAUCUUGUGGACAGUAAAUUGGGAUUGGGAGUGGUGCCUAAAACAAAGGUUAUCUGGAUUGUUAGUGAAACAUUCAACUACAGUGCAAUAGAUCGUGCAAAAUCAAGAGGCAAAAAAUAUGCUUUAGAAAAAGUGCCAAAGGUUGGUAAAAAAUUUCAUCGAAUAGGACUACCUCCUAAGGUUGGCUCCUUUCAGCUAUUUGUGGAAGGCUACAAAGAAGCUGACUAUUGGCUCAGGAAAUUUGAAACAGACCCUUUGCCUGAGAAUACAAGGAAACAAUUUCAGUCUCAGUUUGAAAGAUUGGUAGUGCUUGAUUAUGUAAUCAGAAACACUGAUAGAGGCAAUGACAAUUGGCUAGUCAGAUAUGAAAAGCAGAGUGAUGAGAGAGAACUUUCUGAUAAGGAUAUUCAGUGGAUUGAUAAAAAAGAACCUAUUAUUAAAAUUGCAGCAAUUGAUAAUGGUUUGGCUUUUCCUUUCAAACACCCUGAUGAAUGGAGAGCAUAUCCAUUUCAUUGGGCUUGGCUUCCACAAGCAAAGGUCCCCUUUUCUCAAGAAACAAUAGAUUUGAUUCUUCCUCGUAUUUCUGACAUGAACUUUGUACAGGAUCUUUGCGAAGAUCUUUAUGAAUUGUUUAAGACCGACAAAGGUUUUGACAAGGCUACAUUUGAAAAGCAAAUGUCUGUGAUGAGAGGACAGAUACUUAAUCUUAUUCAGGCAUUAAAGGAUGGAAGAAGUCCUCUUCAGCUUGUUCAGAUGCCUCGUGUGAUUGUGGAAAGAAGUCAUGGUGGAGGUCAAGGACGAAUUGUUCACCUGAGCAAUGCGUUUACACAGACUUUCCAUAGCCGGAAGCCUUUCUUUUCCUCUUGGUAGAGACACGUAAAUGUCUUCAAUUUAGCCAGACUUUCUGUUGUCUGAAAGUUUUAGAAUAAUGUAAUUCUGCUGUACACAAAGUGCUGGACUGCCAAAACCUCAGAACUUUUAAAGUUUUGUGUUUUGAAUGUAAUACGUUUACAGUUUAAAAUUGUGAAAUUUUACUUCAGGGAAAUGCGCUUGUCCUAUAACUGUAUUUUUAUAGACAGUUUAAUAUUUUCUGUAUCUAACAUUAAAAGGGAAAAGAAGUUUACAGAUGCCAAAGACUACUUCUGCAUAAAUUGUAGGAAAAAACUGCUCUGUUGGAUACAAAUGUCAGAAAUCAAAGUCUUAUUUUCCUUGUUGGAAAUGAAGCACAGCCUUUUCAUUCCUCUACUGCAAGAAAGCUGCUUGAACUUUUGCAACAAUUACCAAAUAUCUACAUGGGUUUCUUACAGGUUUAUAUUCUCAAAUAUUACAGAUUUAUAUUCUCAAAUAUUACAGAAUUAUAUCUUGAUCAGUUUACUAUGGAGAUCUGGGACCAAUACCAUUACAUCUUAAUUUGGAGAAUAAAUGACAUGAAAGACGAAGUUAAUCCUGCAAAUCCGAAGGAAACUUAAUUAUUUCAUAAUUUCUAUGCCCUGGUUCUUUUUACUGAAUACACAAACCCCCACAAGGUGGGGCUUGCAUCCCUCCUUCCUUCUGCAUCAACACUUUGAGGGUGAAGAUGGGAAUGAGCCUCAAUUUAUGCCCCUCACAUACUUAAAUUAUAUUGUGAUGUACAUCCCAGAUGCAAUGUGUGUGUAGAUUUCACCCCUGCUUUAAAAAAAGGUGAAAUUGUUUAAAUGGGUCCAAUUAAUAUAUAUGAAGCUCUCAGGUUAUAUGUUGGAAAUAGAUGAUCAAGUGGAGGAGUGCUGAUGAACUCCCCCAUCUAUAAAUGGUACAGGUGGGGCUGUGUGGGAAUAUUUUCUAAAUCACUCACAGGUAGUGUUCUCCCCACUGCCCAGCAACAAUUGAAUCAGCCACAGGCCACUUCCUUAAUGCUUAAACAAAUCCUUAUAGGGAAAAGAAGACGAAGACAUGUUUAAUGUCCUUUAUUGAUACUUCAGGGUCUCCCAAGGUAUUGAGUUCAGGAUUAGGGUGACACUACAUUUUUAGGAAUGCACAUACUGCUUGUCUCUUGCAGGGGUGGGUGGCAUUCAUUUGCAUAGCUAUGCCUUGUCUUGAUUCUUUGUGGUUCACUUGUAUAGAUGGAGAAUUGAAAAGGUUAAUAUAUUGAUCAAUCGCUAUAUUAUAUAGGGUUUCUUGAAACUGCUAUCAACACCCAUUAAAUCCGUCGGCUGAUGCCAAAGUGGAAACCUUCUGUUAUUAAUAUAUUAAGAGCCUGCCCCUCUGAAUUGUUGGAUAGUAGUACUGACUGUGAAUCAGAAGUUCAUUCUGUGGAUUCCUGUCCAUUUAUAGUCAUGAAAUUCCUCAGCAACCCAGAGCUAUUUUGUGGGAUUUAACUUAGCGUAAAACAUCAGUUGCAGAGGUAAUUUUACAGAAACUUGGAAUUUAGUAAUACCUGUUGUACAUUCAUUGUUCUGCUUGAAUGUGAGGGCCUCGAAUACCAUCUGUAGGAAAGAUUGCUUCUAUGAAAAAUGUCUUCUGUAUUUUUAGCCAUGCUGUUAUCUCAAGCUGCUAAGCAAUACUCCUGAACUCCCCAGAUUGGCCUUUUAAUUUUUUUAUGUUUUGAGGGGGUUGAUAAAAUGUAGCAUGUUAGAGUAAUGCACUUGAUAUACUAAAAUGUCUAAGCCUUAAAAUGUAAAGCAUACAGUGGAUUUUUUUAAAAAAAACAAACUGUCACAUUUCUAAGUUUACUGUGGCUUCAGUUUUUAUCAACCCUUGUAAUUUUUUUAUGAAUGCGUAAGAUCGCCAGACUUUGCUCUCUUAAAACAAUAAAAAUGAUGGUCUGAAAUGUACCUCCUUUUUUCUCAUAAUUAUAGCAUCUGUAUCCCACUUCUCUUCCAUGAAGCUUAGGACUGGUAUUGCAUGAGUCCCACCCCUUUUAUUAUUAUUAUUAUCCUUGCAGCAGUUAUGUCAAUUAAUUCAGGCUGAUGGAAGUGUGACUUGAGUUUACUCAGUUAAUUUUAUGACUGAAUAGGAUUCGAAUCGAUUUCUGGCUCAUGUCUUCCAACUGUACUGGCUACAUUCGUUAUGUAACCAUGCAUCAAAGACCAAAAUCACUUGCUAGUCUUUAUGCGUAGCAUCCGGGUAUAGCAUGUGUAUGUGCUGCAUAGACAAAUUUAUUUUCAUGGGCAACCUUUGAAGGAGAGGUCAUCAACCCCAAAAGUGUGAGAAAUGAUGGCAGGCAUCCCCAAACUUGGCCCUCCAGAUGUUUGGGGACUACAACUCCCAUCAUCCUUAGCUAACGGGGCCAGUGGUCAGUGAUGAUGGGAAUUGUAAUUCCAAAAUCUUAGAAUCAAGGUAUUGAAGUUUAUGCUAUACAGGCAGCAUAAUGGGGGUGGGAGGAGGAGGAGUGUUUAUGGUAAUAUUUAUUAUUUUUAUUUACCUUUCCACCAAGCAGCUCAAGGUGACAUAUAUGGUUCUCCCUCUUCCCAUUUUAUCCUUACAACAACCCUGUGAGUUAGACUAGGCUGAAAGAUGGUGACUGGCCCUAGGCUGAGUGUGGACUAGAAAGAAUACUGGUCUCCCAGAUCUUAGUCCAAUUACACAAACCACAACACCACACUGGUUUCAUGUAUCUGACGUAAUGAGCCAUGAGCAUAGCUCAAAUUAAGAUCUCCAGAAGAAGCUGUACGUUGGAAAUGCUUGGUGCAAAUCUCAAUUCCUCUGUACGGUAACUCAGCAGUUGCAGGUAAACAAACAUCUUAAUUGGGCUGCAUGUGAGCUUAGGAAAACUGGAGUUGUUGGAUCUCGGGGGUCUGA